GACUCGAAAUAAUCUGUUCAGCUGAUUUUAACAUGCAACAACAUAGCACUCAGAAAUCCGCAAGGAGUGGGCUGGUGAUGAACAGAACAAUGACAAAGCUAGGAAUGAUUUCAACGCAAUAACAUAUUUUAAAGACUUCUGAAGCGUAUUGUGCAAUUUUUCUUCUUGUAAUGAAACAGCAGGGAGCAGGUCUCGAACCCUCAACCUUCUAGCCCGAAUUCCAUCUCGCUAUCGACUGUGCAAAAGCAUGCUCAAGCGGCAGAGUCGAUAUCCGCGUUUAUAAACCCAGGGUUGUUACAGUAUGUUUUAUUUUGUUGACUGAACUGCUGUUAUCCUAGUGUUUGGCUAUGGUUAUUAUUGACGUGUUUACCUGAACUGGCUAACUAGCUUGGAUAACACAGCUAACGUGAGCUAUUUCAAACAGGGCGAUUCGGAUUUGUGUAACGUUUAACAAGUUUCGUCGGACGAAAUAUGUUUUAGUUAGGUUGUGUCACAUUGACGGAAUAAUGUUGUUUUCAACAACAUAUUGCUUUAAGCAUUGUCAGAUUGUCCGUUCUUUAAAUUCAGAGUGUUUUUCUCUCGGAGCAUUCAGAGCGCACGCUGGAUGCUCAGGCGGAUGAGUAGGGUUGAUCCGAGCGUUUUGACCUCACAACAGCAGUCAAGCACCCAAGCUAACUGGCUAACGUUGGCUAGCUUGCUAGCUAUUUCCAGACACAAAUGAGAGAACACCUCACUCUAACCAUUUUAGUCGCCCUAGCAGAGCAGGUUGGGUUGUUUUCAUGUUAUCCAGUGCGUUGGUGACUUUCUGUGCUGAUGGAAACAAUUGAAUUAUGCUUUUUUGCCGACAUUUACCGAUACCGGACAUAUUCGUUAUUCUGCGCUCUGGCACACUCUGACGGGAGUGUUCUGAAAUUGGAGUAGAGUGAAUUUACGAACGCACCCUUAAUUUUUAUGAAGCCAGUCAUAAAGAAAGUGUAUUUUAUUGUCAAGAGCAGGUUGACUUAAAAUAGCCAGAACAUAUUCAACCAGAUUGCCUCACUUUAACGUUACUGUGUUUGAAAUGUCACAUAUUGACAUUUUGACAUUAAUUGUGUUGUCUAAUAAGCUGUUGAAAUUCGUUGAACCUUUAAAAAAAAAAGUAUAUAUAUUUUUCUCCCCAAUUUCAUGGUAUCCAAUUGUUUAGUAGCUACUAUCUUGUCUCAUCGCUACAACUCCCGUACGGGCUCGGGAGAGACGAAGGUUGAAAGUCAUGCGUCCUCCGAUACACAACCCAACCAAGCCGCAUUGCUUCUUAACACAGCGCGCAUCCAACCCGGAAGCCAGCCGCACCAAUGUGUCGGAGGAAACACCGUGCACCUGGCAACCUUGCACCGCCACAGGAGUCCCUGGUGCGUGAUGAGACAAGGAUAUCCCUACCGGCCAAACACUCCCUAACCCGGACGACGCUAGGCCAAUUGUGCGUUGCCCCACGAACCUCCCGGUCGCGGCCGGUUACGACAGAUGGCACAGCUGGCGUUGCAGUACAUCGCCCUUAACCACCCGGGAGGCCUGGAUUUGAACCUUUUUAAAGAGGUCUACUCCCUCCCUCUGCCGGAAAUCAUAGAGGUCAAAUCAACCCCUCAUUUUAAACCUGCAGAGAUCAACUUAAGCCCAGUGGUAGAUGAGGCAGAAGUCCCGAAGGCAAAACUUCUGGAGAAAGUCUUCAGUUGUCUUCUGAUUGACGCAAACGAGGCAUGCAGCAUCUACCGCACCCACGCCGACCGCAUCCAUGACGACCUCUUCAAGUUCCUGGGCGACGGGUCAGAAGCCUACCUGAAACAUUUCACCAAGGAACUGAAGGCCACUACUGCCCGCUGUGGCCUGGACGUGCCUCUGUCCACCCUAGGGCAGGCCAUCAUCAUCUUCCAUGAGACUGUCCACACCAAGCUGCUGGGCUCAGGAAACUCAUCAGAGUCUGUGGAUUGGCUGCUGCUUGAGCCCUUCAGGAAGCUGGGCCGUUUCCCAGAGGUUUUCAGCUCCAUCCUGUACCUCGGCACGUGUACCUGUAGCCCCCCAAAUUACUUUGGUGGCCUGCAGCACACCCUGGAGCAGCUGCUGGACAACAACUCCACCCGCUUCCCAGUCGUCAUCUUCAAAGCCCUGCAGUGAGCGCUUCAAUGGGGAGAUUUCGGAUGAGCUCAUAGCCCACAACUGCUUCUUCCCUGAUGAGUACUUCACCUGCUCCGGGCCUCUGCCUCGUUUGCGGGCCUGGUGAAGGGUGCUGCGCGUCCUGCCUACUGGGUGCCUGACCACAUAUCCUCUCCUGCCACAUCUGCCAUCGUGACUGCCAAGCUGUCUAAGCACCACUGUCACGCCUGCGAGCAAGACGUGUGUGACGAAUGCUCCCCAGAGCGUCGACCGGUCCCCUUGCGAGGGUGGGACCACCUUGUCCGUGUUUGUGCAAACUGCAACCAGAAACCUGGCGACCUUUUAAUGGGACUGGCCCUCCUUCCUCAGAACACUGGACUGAACCACUCUCUCAAACCUCCACCUGCCCACUCCAUAUACCUCCAUUAUUGAAAUGGAUUGUUCCCAUGUCUGUGGCAAGGAUGUUGUCAGUAAAUCUAGUUUUAGGGUUUCUGAUGCCUUGUAAAAAAUGUAUGUGUAAUGUAAUUUGACUAUCGAAUGACCUUUUCCGCAUUCACCCAAAUCAGUGCUUUUUUGUUGGAUAAUGGUUGUGAAAUAUUUUUCUAUCAUGGAAUAAAAUUACAUUUGUAUCAUGUAAA